AUGUUCUCCCGCGCCGCCCUCCUGCUCCUCCUCACGCCGGCCACCCUCGCCGCCGCCACCCCCAACUGCCACGCGGCGGCCGUCCGGUGCCCCAUCGUCUUCGACGGCCGCGUCCCCGCCGUCGCGACCCCGCAGGACUUCGACACGGCCUCGGGCGGCGGCUGGAACCCCUACAACCCGGGCUACGUCAAGGGCGAGGGCCUGCUGUGGUCCGACAUCAUCCUGCUGCCGCUGCCAUCCCCCCAGGAGGAGGAGGAGGAGGCCGCGCCCCCGUCGCGCUUCGACGCCGGCGGGGGCACGCGCCCGCUCGAGGUGACCGUCUCGGACAGGAGCAUCUUCAUGAACCAGCGCGGCUUCCGGCGCGCCGGCCUGCAGUUCGCGGCGGACGCCAACGUCGGCAGCCCCGCCGCCGCGGGGGUCAAGACGCUGCAUUUCAGUGUGCGGCAGGACGCGGCGCGGCCGCUGAACCUGACGCACGAGUAUCUCAACGUCUGGCACGAGACGGCGGCAUACGACGCGAAUCAGUUCAAUUUCCAGACGGGCACCCUCAUCGGCCGCGAGGGGCUGCUGCCGAAAGACACCUUCAAGCUGUUGGACCGGGACAACAAGCUCCUCUGGUCGACGCCCGUGGCGACGGACGGCUCGUGGCAGAACUUUGCCCUGACGUUGGACUUUUCCAAAAAUACCAUCCAAGUCUGGUACUCGACCGGCGGCGCCCGGCUCGCCAGUCAGGGCGGCGCCAUCCCGGCCAACCUCGCCGGGGACGGGCAAUACCAGAUCGGCAUCUUGAAGAAACCGACGGGCACCAGCGACGUGGUAAACUCGGGGUAUCAGUCGAGCAACUUGGACGAGGGCCAGAUCUACGGAGGCAUCUUCAUCGAAGAUGGCGCUGACGGGUGCGUGUCACUUUGA